AUGUGGAAAAUCAGAACAAACACAUUCCUAAAUAUAUGCAUAGUUUUAAGUCUGUUCGUUCUUUUCUAUACUGCAAUGUUAACGAACGACACAGUUAAAGAAAACAGACAUGUAAGGAAAAGUUUAAAAAAAGACUCCAUCAGAUUUCUGCCAUCGAUAAACUCGAAGAAAUCCAAAGAAUACAACGUUUGGUUGAUAUUCACAAAAGUCACCAACGUAUCGACGUUGAGUUAUAAAUUCAGAGACCUUUUACAUAAUUUAUUGAACGUCAGUUCGGUGCCUUUAAAAUUCAAUAUAAUCGUCGAUAAAGUAUCCCAAACGAUUGCCGAAAAUCAAAUAACCGAAGUCCUACUUUAUGGGCGAAAAUCGCUCGUCUAUUCGUUCUACGACAUCGAAGAUUGCGCCAAGAAAAUCCAGGACAUCGUCGAAGUAAUGACGCCCCAUUUCAGCUCCAAACCCGGUACUUAUUACAGCGACGCUCUCUUCUACAUUUCCUUGGGCCUGUACAGAAUCGCCCCUCUCAACCAACACUACGCCAUCUUGUUAGAUUGCGAUUUGUAUUUCAAGAAAGACAUAUCGUUGCUGUUCGAUGAAUUCGCCAAGUUUAAAUCGAGCGCUCUUUUCGGACUGGCCCCCGAACUGACCCCGGUCUAUCGGCACAUUCUACACGCUUACAAAUCCAAACACAACACCACGUUCGGUGAAUUCUAUCACGAUGGAGGGAAUUCGUCCAACCAAAGCCACCCGAACGGCUUCCAGGGCUACAAUACGGGCGUAGUUCUGAUUAAUUUGGGCGCCCAGAGGAAAUCCCUGGAGUUUCCGAAGGUCGUUUCGAACGAAUCCGUACAAGCCAUGACUACUAAGUACAGGUUUCGGGGCCAUCUCGGAGAUCAAGAUUUCUAUACGCUUAUGGGCUACGAAUACCCCCAUUUGAUUCAAACGCUCCAUUGCGGAUUUAAUAGACAAUUGUGCACUUGGUGGAGAGAUCACGGUUACAGUGGAAUAUUUUCCGAUUAUUUCAAAUGCUCGCACGAUGUGAUUGUGUUGCACGGUAAUUGUAAUACGAGGAUACCAAAACGAUAA